CCGGUUAACUGUCAAACUUGUAGGCUACAUGUCAGUUGACGGGACGGACGGGACGGGCUUGGACCAAAACCCAACGGACGGGGAGUUGAUAAAGUCGGCACACCGAGGCAGUCAAGAGCAAUGUCUUUUAUAUUUGACUGGAUCUACAGGAGCUUCAGCAGCGUCUUGCAGCUACUAGGGUUGUACAGGAAGACUGGCAAGUUGGUGUUCCUCGGGCUAGACAAUGCUGGCAAAACAACGCUCCUGCACAUGCUCAGAGAUGACAGGCUAGGACAGCACGUGCCCACGCUACAUCCAACAUCUGAGGAGUUGACCAUUGCUGGAAUGACCUUUACGACAUUUGACCUUGGAGGUCAUACACAAGCACGGAGGAUCUGGAAGAACUACCUCCCAGCCAUAAACGGUAUAGUCUACAUGGUGGAUUGUGCUGAUCAUGAGCGACUAGCGGAGGCUAAAGUUGAACUGGAUGCCCUUUUAACAGAUGAAACCAUCUCAAACGUCCCGGUUCUCAUCCUGGGGAAUAAGAUUGAUCGUCCAGAGGCCAUCAGUGAGGAUGCACUCAGAGGAAUGUUUGGUCUGCAUGGACACACAACUGGAAAGGGCAAAGUGUCACUGAAGGAGCUGAAUUUGAGGCCAAUGGAGGUUUUCAUGUGCAGCGUGCUGAAGAGACAAGGAUAUGGAGACGGUUUCCGCUGGCUUUCCCAGUAUAUUGACUGAUUCACUACAAUUUCAUACUUUACCUGAUUAACAAUGCUGCCUGUGCACACAAAGACAUGUUCCACACAAAACUACCUGCUGUAGAGAGAUGUUUUAUUAAAUAUACUAUAGAUUGCAGAUUUCCAGUUGGAAACAUGUUUCAGGAGGUGUUUUUGUGUUGAUAUACCCUGUUUUGUUCAUGCGUUCGAAGAAAUCUGUCAUAUCAGUCAUACCGCAGCGAGUCAAAGAUAAGUUAUGAAUCAUCAGUCUGUACUGUUCAGAUUGAGUGUAGAGAAUAAUCUUCAUGCUGUGGGUUCCACCUUCACUUAAAGCCUGUAGGAAUUUCCGUCUUCUAUAUAGAACAUGUCAUCGCUGUGAACCAGUUUCUGACCCGGGUUUAUUUUUAGCUGCUGGUGUAGACUUACAGCGAAGGUCAGUUUGGUUAACAUUUUGUGCUUGGAGUCACUCUUCCUUGAUUGAAGACAAAAGCGUUGUUGGUACAGAUAAAACAUAUUUAUAUUUAUCUUAUUUAUCUAAAACUAGUGGCUAACUUGAAGUACUAUGCACCUUUUCCUAAAGUGCUGCAGUGAAUUUGUGCCAUAUUUGUUUACCACAAAAGUGUUAUCAAUACAGUAGCCUGCUACCUCCAAGGAUACUGACAGUCUUGCUGAUUGCAUGUUUUUUUUUUUUUUUUUUUUUUUUUUUUAAAUCAAUUAAGGGUUUACUAGUACAAGCCAAUUAUAUAUGAAUGUGACCACAAGUGCAUUAACUGGUUUAUUUAAUACCACAUAACAGUGUUAAAUCAUUGCAGUAUAUGAUGACUGCAUCAGCACAGCCAGGUGAUGUAACCAACUCAAACGUGUCCACAGUGGUGAUGCCUACCUACCUGUUUUCAUGAUGGUGAAUCACUGUGAAAUGACUUGAGUACUUUGUGAUUAGUUACUGCUCACAACAUGCAGUGAUAUUAUGAGAGUACUUGGGUGGUGCUUAGAAAUAGGGUAUGCAACAGCUAUGCAUGCAAUUACCUGUUAGUGCAAUAUUAUACCUUAUUUUGUAUAUAAGCUAUUAUUUAUAUUUUGCAAUAUGAAUCUGGCUUGCCGUCUGUUACAUCAAGCUCAUCAGCCCUGAAGUCAUUUAUCUGUUACAAAAGGUAGGUCAUGUUGUCAUUAAACGUGUGUGAAGUUUGAGCCUAAUAAAUAUUUUUGACAAUCCUUUUAA